AUGAGACUGGGGAGUUUGAUAUGUCUGUUGCCAGUGGCGACCAGGGCGGUUGUUGCGAUGGAUAUGGAUUCGGAUAUGGACAUGAUGGAUGAGGGCUAUAGUGAAGCUAGCACCACGAUAGGUGCAACGAGGAUGCCGAGCACGCCGAGCACGCCGAGUGCUGUUCCGUAUGAGCCAAAGCAUGUACACGGGUUGCCGAUCCUUUCGCGGCCUAAUUUGACGCCGAGUGAGAGGUUGUAUUGGACCAACUACAACACGACGACCUACUUCGCGACGGAUUUCGGAAACCGAGCAGCGUUCAAAUACCACGUGGUUUCUAUGGCGCUGGUGGUUGUGAUUCUGUACCCGAUAUCUCUGGCUCUCAACAGUGUGGGUUCUAAUUGGUACCUGCCCGUUUUGACGCUGAAUUUGGGGUUUGUUUUGAGUUCUUUGCUCACCUUGUCUAUAUUUGGUGCCACCUUCCCUGAAGAUUGGUAUCCGCACAAUGCUUAUAGUAAGGUCAGUUGGAUUUUCUUGGUUCUUAUUAUACUGCAUUAUGUCUCGGCGCUAGUGUCAAAGGCUUCAAAAUGGAUUGCCGACUUCAGUCCGCUAAGUAGUGAGUUCUUUCCACUGCACGAUUAUCGAUCUUCGUUGGAUGAUGAACGAGCUGGGAAUUUCACACCCGCCACCGGCAAUGAAGACUCGGCCUCCGACAGUCCAUCGCAUUCAUUAACGGGAAACCACGCGAGUCAAAAACUCUCGUAUGAACUGGAUCGUGAACAGCUAUUCGAUCCUGACAAUAUGUCUUUAAGAUUCAAGUCAAAGAGUUCGCAAAAAAGGGACUCGUAUUUGCAAAAAGUUUUUGGUAAUCCGUUGAUACAAAACAUAGCUAGUAGGUUUGGCAAUCUCUUUUCGAUUAUUUUCAAUAUGUUGAACUAUCCCUUGUUUGUUUUCAUGUUAGUUGACGUCGGAAUUGGUGUAGCUGUUGGAAAUUUACUGGGCAAAGGAUCAAGAAUUUUCAACCUUCUCGCUCACUGGAUCAAAGGUGGUGUUUUUUUCCUACUAGGAAUCCUUUCUUUAUCAAGAUACUGUGGAUUUGGUAAAAAACACGGCUGGGCAUGGAACAAAAUUUUAAUUACAAACUCCGAUUUAAAAAGUAAUUAUAAAGGUGGUCUCUCGAGAAUUUUUUUGCCUCGUGGAACUAUAACUAUGGAAUUUAUGGAGUCUUUCUUGAUAUUUUUCUAUGGUACAACAAACGUUUUUCUAGAGCAUUUAGCAGGCGCAGGUGGAGAGUGGACAGCAAAAGAUUUACAACACGUUUCGAUUGCUUUCAUGUAUAUUGGCUCAGGAUUGUGUGGUUUAUUAGCUGAAAUGAAACUAAAUGACUGGAGGUUCAGUCACGCUUGCCAACAUUCCGAGAAUAUGUCAUCAAAUGAAAUUUAUGCAGGAUCGCCUGGUUAUUCACCCAAUCCAUUUCCAGCAUUUACGAUUUUUUGGACUGGAAUUCUCAUGUCACAACACGCUCAAGCGUCACAAACUUCAACCUCGAUCCAUGUUCAAUGGGGAAGUCUACUUUCAUAUGGAUCGUUCUUUAGAUUGUUAACUUUCGCUUUAUUGUUCGUUGUUCCUAAUAAGAAUUUCAAGCCUUCAAAACCGUUCACCGAGCUUAUAACAUCAUUUUGCCUGCUUUGCGGAGGUCUUGUCUUUAUGGAAUCAACCGAUCAAGUCAUUGAAGCUAUGGAUUAUAGAGGCUUUACUCCAAUGUUCAGUUUCAACAUCAGUGUAGGUUUUAUCACACUUUUAAUGGCUUGGGAAAUGUCGUUGUUCCUUUGGAAGUAUUGGUUAGAAGAUCGUUACGUUAAAUCAACACAGUAA